CAGGAACUGCAGUCAGAGACUUCCCCUGCUACUUGCUGGGAAAGAACAUUAGGAAUGCCUUUCAGUGCCUUGCUUCCUGAACGAGCUCACAGUAGCCAGGCGGCCCAGGGCAAUCCCACCAUAUUUCACUCUCACCGCUGUAGGAAUUCAGAUGCAGCCCAAGUACAGCAGCACGAGGGACAUGCUGGAUGAUGAUGGAGACACCACCAUGAGCCUGCAUUCUCAAGCCUCUGCCACAGCUCGGCGUCCAGAGCCCCGGCGCACAGAGCACAGGGCUCCCUCUUCAACGUGGCGACCAGUGGCCCUGACCCUGCUGACUUUGUGCUUGGUGCUGCUGAUAGGGCUGGCAGUCCUGGGGCUUUUGUUUUUUCAGUACUACCAGCUCUCCAAUACUGGUCAAGGCACCAUUUCUCAAAUGGAAGAAAGAUUAGGAAAUACAUCCCGAGAGUUGCAAUCUCUUCAAGUCCAGAACAUAAAGCUUGCAGGAAGUCUGCAGCAUGUGGCUGAAAAACUCUGUCGUGAGCUCUAUAACAAAGCUGGAGCGCACAGGUGCAGCCCUUGUACUGACCAAUGGAAGUGGCAUGGAGACAAAUGCUACCAGUUCUAUAAAGAUGGCAAAAGUUGGGAGGACUGUAAAUAUUUCUGCCUCAGUGAGAACUGUACCAUGCUGAAGAUAAACAAACAAGAAGAUCUGGACUUUGCCAUGUUCCAGAGCCGCUCUCCGUUUUUCUACUCUUAUUGGACAGGGCUUUUGCGCCCUGACAGUGGCAAGGCCUGGCUGUGGAUGGAUGGAACCCCUUUCGCUUCUGAACUGUUCGAGAUUAUAAUAGAUGUCACCAGCCCAAGAAGCAGAGACUGUGUGGCCAUCCUUAAUGGGAUGAUCUUCUCAAAGGACUGCCAAGAAUUGAAGCGGUGUAUCUGUGAGAGGAGAGCGGGAAUGGUGAAGACAGAGAGCCUCCAUUUCCCCCCUGAAAAAUUAGGCGAAGGUGACUGAUUCUCCCUCUGCAACUACAAAUAGCAGAGUGAGCCAGGCAAUGCCAAUGCAAGGGCUACUUGAGACAUCAGGAAAUGGAACAUAAUCAGGAAACACUAUCUCUCUGACUAGUACAAAAUGGGUUCUCGUGUUUCCUGUUUAGGAUCAGCAGCAUUUGUGAGCUUGAGUUUAUGCACAUAUUUAAAAGUCACAAGAAGUCUUAUUUACAUGCCACCAACCAACCUCAGAAACCCAUAAUGUCAUCUACCUUCUUGGCUUAGAGAUAACUUUUAGCUUUCUUUCUUCUUAAUGUCUAAUAUCACCUCUCUGUUUCCAUGUCUUCCUUACACUUGGUGGAAUGAGAAACUUUUUGUAGAGGAAAUACAUCGAAGUAACAUCCUUUUCCCUGACAGUCAAGCAGUCCAUCAGAAAUUAGCAGUUACUCCCCAGAUUAUACCACCAAAUACACAAGGCAUUCUUUUUGUUUGUUUCAGUUCAUACUAGUCCCUUCCCAAUCUAUCAGUGAAGACCCCAUCUGCCUUGUCUAUGCCCUGUUUCCCAACAGGGAUGUCUCUUGAUAUGAGAAUCUCAAUGCCUUAUAAACAUUCCUUCCUGUGUCCAUUAAGACUCUGAUCAUUGUCUCCCUUCCAUAGGAAUUUCUCCCAGGAAAGAAAUAUAUCCCCAUCUCAGUUUCAUAUCAGAACUACCGUCCCCGAUAUUCCCUUCAGAGAGAUUAAAGACUAGAAAAAAGUCAGUCUCUUCAUCUGCACCUGUAACAGUUUCAGUUCCUAUUUUCUUCCAUUGACCCAUAUUUAUACCUUUCAGGUACUGAAGAUUUAAUAAUAAUAAAUGUAAAUACUGUGAAGUGUGUGUGAUUUUACAAUGGACUUGUGAUUUGUGGGAAAAUUCAACAUGGAAAUGCUUUUCAGAAUAUGAUGGCAAUCAUUAUUUUCAUCGUGCCUUGCUGAGAGUUUUUGGGGAAUUUACAAGAGUACGGAUUACACAAUUAUUCGGAGAAAAUAAGAUGUCUUUGAAAUACAUGUUGUCUUCAAGAGAACAGUUUUAACAUUUUCCUAAAAUGAAAUAUUUUGAGGCAAGCUUAUGGCAUCAACACAUGGUUGAUGAGGAAGCUGAGUUGCAUUAGUGCACACAAUUUCCAGUCAGGUAGUGGGAAAUGAACAGAGACAGUGACAUCUUUGUAGCUGCCCCUUUGUGAGGCACUUCUUUCUUGAGAUGACUCCAUGCACAAAUAUAACAGGGAUCGUUGGGAGUGACACCAUCACAGCCACCAAGUUUAUUGGUUUAUUGAUAGUCAAUUCUGAGGGUUUAAUGCUAGAAAGGAUAACAUUAUAAAUCUUUGUUUUUCAACAGUGGCAACUGAGGUGCUUCAGUUUUGUUUUUCAUAAACAUCUAUCUCAUGGUAAAAUGACAUAGAGUAGCAAUAAUAUGAUAGAAAGAACACAUUGGUGCUCACUUUCAUAAAUUUCAUUUUGUUAGAUUGUCACUUAGCAAAGACGAUUGCAGAUUCUUCCUUGAGAACUUUCCUUUCAAUUUUCUGUUGAUUUCCUUAAAAUUUUCUUCAGGGUUGAGGAAGUUCUGUUGAUAUAUUGUGUCAUGCAAAGAAAACUGUAUUUGUGGUUAGAAAAUGAAGAUUUUAGAUCUCUUAUUCUGAUUUACUUAUUAGGCAAGUCACUUUACUUCAUGAAGCCUAUUUCACUGCAUAUGAAGUAGAAAUAGUUAUAAUUUCCUCAUAAUGUUACUGUUAGCUGAAAUGAAGUAAAUGUGAAAUCA